AUGGGUGAGAUGGAGCAAUUGCGAAAAGAGGCGGAUAACCUCAAGGACCAGAUCACUGCGGCACGUAAAGCCAUGCAGGACACAACCCUACAGGAUGCCGUGGCUAGUAUCAACGUGGUGGGCCGUGUCCAGAUGAAGACCCGAAAAACACUGAGGGGUCACCUGGCUAAGAUCUACGCAAUGCAUUGGUCCACUGACUCCAAGCUGUGUGUGAGUGCGUCACAAGACGGAAAACUCAUCGUGUGGGACAGCAUCACAACCAAUAAGGUAAACGCCAUCCCUCUCAAGUCAUCGUGGGUGAUGACGUGCGCCUAUGCCCCGUCGGGCAACCUCGUAGCGUGCGGCGGUCUGGACAACAUGUGCUCCAUCUACAACCUAAAGGGCAAGGACGGCAACGUCAAGGUCAUGCGCGAGCUGGCGGCGCACACAGGUUAUUUAUCAUGUUGCCGUUUCCUCAGUGACAGUGAGAUCAUAACCAGCUCUGGAGACUGCACUUGCGUGCUGUGGGACAUUGAGACAGGCACUCAGAAGACCAUCUUCGCAGGCCACCAGGGCGACUGCAUGUCCCUUGCCGUGUCUCCAGAUUUCAAGUUCUUCAUUUCGGGAGCGUGCGACUACACGGCCAAGCUGUGGGAUAUCCGAGAGGGCAACUGUAGACAGACUUUCGGAGGGCACGAGAGCGACAUCAACGCCAUCGGGUUCUUCCCCAACGGCAAUGCAGUGAUCACUGGUUCAGACGACGCCACCUGCAAGCUGUACGACCUGAGGGCAGACCAGGAGCUCAUCACCUACCAGGACUCCGGCAUCAUGUGUGGCGUAACCUCGCUGGCGCCCUCCCUGUCUGGUCGCCUCAUCCUGGCCGGAUAUGAUGACUUCAACGUCAAUAUUUGGGACUCGCUCAAAGCAGAGCGAGUGGGAGCACUGGCUGGCCAUGACAACCGAGUGAGCUGCAUUGGCGUCUCUUCUGACGGCAUGGCAUGCUGCACGGGAUCCUGGGAUAGCUUCCUUAAAAUUUGGAACUGA